AUGACGGUCCGGCAAAGCAUUCUCGACCUUUCAACGAAUCUGUAAUUUCAGAAAAGGCAAUCACAAGAAAGUGUCAAAAAGAGCAAUCAAAAGAGCGGCAGAAAUGUAAUUUUUUCAAGAAAACAUCAGAACCCUUUGUUAGUCUACAACAUGAUGAACUUUUGCCCAAAAAAUCAAGUGAAAUGAAUCAGUAUUUCUACGGCGGCUCGCGUCCGAAGUCUCGGAACACGGAGUGCGGCGCGCUCUCCAAGCCUUGUUUUGUGCGCCGAAACUUCAGAUGCGUGCCGCCGACGAAAUACUGAUUCAUUUCACUUGCUUUUUUUUGGGAAUGUGCUCAUUAUGAUGUAAACUAAGAAAGAGACACAAAAAACACGCACGAAACAGCCAUAUUUAAAAAAAAGGGACGCCUUUUACCAUGGGCGCACUCGGCCACCAACGGAGCGAGCAAGCCUGCUCCCCGGCGCACGGUCUCCAGAGCUGACAAUGGGCGCAAGUGCGCCCCGCCCAAUAGAGCGAUACAUUGGCGCUAAAUUCAAAUUUUAACAGCAAAAUUAGUGUUUUUUGCCAGAUUAGCCACGAAAAACCGAUAAUUUCUGAUUUGUUUCUCGAUAGACCGAUUGUAUAGGCUAUUACAAAUUUUUUAAGCGCAGGAGCGUUAAAUUUGGUCAAGUCGCAAAUCACAUUUAUCCGUUUGAAGGUUUUUGGCUAAAACUGCGUGAAUUUCAGUUGCUUUUCGGUAGUUUUCGCGGUUCGAACGCUCAAAAUGCUUGUAUUUACGUGAUUUAUCAUUCUCCGAACCAAUUCUGUCGGAAAACGGUCAAGAAAGCGCAAAAUGAGAAGUGCGCUUUUUAGGCGGCGAUCGGCGGCGAAGGCGAAAAAGCAAAGUCCGCGAAAAAUGCGCCAAAACGUCAUUAAUUCUGAGAAUUAGUGUGUUUUCAUGUCGAACAAUCAUUUUUCAUUUUUUCACCGCCUUUGACCACAAAAAUCAGAGAAAACGUGCUCAAUUCAUGAAAAGGCCAUUUGGCCGAAGAGGCCACGCCCAUAUUGUCAGCUCUGGACACCGUGCGGCGUUGUUUUUUUACUAAACAUUUUUCAGAGAAGAAACUCUAAAACGCCCGUCUAUCAGCCGAGCCAAAAGAAUGUGGUGCGUGGGCGGAAAACGGUGAAAGCGGUGACAAAAUCGAAGAGUGGAAGUGUGGAGACGCCGCGAACGGAGCCGAAGGCGAGAAUGGAGAAGAGGAGGGAGAAGGAGCCGGAAAAGGAGUCCGACGGGAGCCCUUGUGAGCACGUUCUUAUGUUUUCCCGUCAUUUUGAGCGCUCGUGGGGGUCUGUACGAUUUGUUUGAUAGUUGUUAUGAUUGUUUGAAACGUUAUGAUUGUUUGCACGAAUCGAAAACAAAUUCAGAAUUCCAGAGAAAUGAAUUUCAGUACUGGCGGCAAUCAACGGAAGCGCGGAAACGAAGAAGUUGGAGGUGCAGACGCAGGAAGUGGACGUGGACAAGAUGAAGAAGUUGCUGGUGAAACUGAAGGCGGACAAACUGAAGCCCCGGAUGGCGCCGGUCCCACUCGACGCGAAGGCCAAGCUGCUGAUGGACCGGGUGAUGAAGAAGCCCUACCCGAUGAGGUACGAGACGAAGGGAAAGGAGGAGUUGCUCUGUUUCGACGAGACUUCCUCCUUCUACCGGCCGUCGAAGGAACUCAAAAAGUUUGGAUCUUCGGUUCGCCUCACGGAGGACAGCUACGAGUACGUGCCCAAGUUGGCGGUCGUCCGCCGACUGCCGCAGACGAAUGUGUUCAACCCGAACGGAGUGCCGUUCUGGGCCGAUCGACUCGAACCGACCGACGAUGAGAUUGUGCGUUUCUUUUCAGAAUGAACUUGAACGUCCUCUUUUUUUGCAGAAAGACAUAGAUCCUCCGAUCUCGGUGGGAAGCGACCACGUGGAGCUGUACCACGACCAGAAACUGCCGCUGAAGUCGAUCGCGAACGCAAAGGUGGUGCUGGACGUGUUCCAGCCGCUGGUGUGUCUCCAGAAGAGGGACGAAGUGCACUUCCACGCCCAUCUCGUCUUCUCCAACACGGUCCGCUCGCUGGUGAACGUGCAGAGCGGCGGCACGAGCGAUCCCAACCGGACACGGCCGAACGUCGACGAGUCGGACCGGCAGACACGGAUUCUGGCGGGCGCGCCACACGUGCACUUUUAUUCGGUGAGAAACACUUUGCAACUAACGGCCGUUCCGAAAGCAGACAUGCGGAAACCGCGACGUUUUGAAACUAGGUACUGAGAGACACGAAUAGUGACGGUCCAGGCUUUUUGUUGAAAUGUCUAGUCAAGUACACGGGCUAGAAAUUGUGAAUCUGUAACUUCGCACAGAAACCUUUCAUUUGCUGACUCAUUUUGAAUAACAGAAUACAAUUGAAGACACAUUGAAAAACCAAAGUGUCAAAAUGUUGGUUUCGAAAUGUCCGGGAGUCCACUUUGCAACCAGAGUUGCCAAAUGUCCGUCCGUUCGUUUUUCAGCGAACCUUCCCGAUCCAAUCGGCGCGAGAAUCGAAAGAGAAGACCGGAUCGGGCAAGACACUCACAAAAACCACUUCGGAUCUCUAG